AAGGAAGCUACAGGGAGAGGAAAAGGUGCUGCAUCAGAAAGGAAAGAAGACAUGGGAUCUGACUGAACACGUCAUAGUAGCAGGAGGAGACAUCUGAACAAAUGGGCCUUUAAUUAAGUCCUCUUUUUUUUUCCUUGUCGAGGUGGAGGAGACUGCAGGCCCUUUUCUGCCAAGUGAAUGUUUGUUAACUGUUUGCCACCUCUUUGCAGGCUGCCUAGCCCUACGGGAUCUCUUACAAAUGACAAGCUGCUCUGCAGCUAGCUAGCUGCAAAGUGGGGUCUGGAACUGAGAGUAGUGGAAUAAAGGAGAAAACAGCAGUAUGCCUGGUUCAGCUACUGCUUUCCGACAAGAGAGGCUCAAGAAGGCAGGUGUGCGGCCAAAUACACCUGUUCUGUUUACCAUUAAUGAGGAAGAUGAGCAGCAAAAGAACAGCCGCUCCAAGAGACCCAAAGUUUUGGAAAACUCUAAAGCACAAGACAAAAAAGCAGCUUCAUCCAGCCGCCCAACCUCUGCAGCUUUAGGACAGAACACAAGCAACACCGGAGCAAGACCAGACUCUGCACCAGUACUGAAAGUUGAUGAGCGACAGCGGCUUGCCCGAGAGCGGAGAGAGGAACGGGAAAAGCUGCAAGCGGCAAGAGAACUGGCCUGGUUAGAGAAAGAAGAGAGAGCAAGGCAACAUUAUGAGAAACAUCUCGAGGAACGUAGAAAGAAAUUAGAAGAACAGAGAUUAAAAGAAGAGAGAAGGCGAGCUGCAGUUGAGGAAAAGCGAAGGCAGCGAUUAGAAGAGGACAAGGAGCGUCAUGAAGCUGUUGUGCGCCGGACAAUCGAGAGGAGCCAGAAACCAAAACAAAAGCAAAAUAGGUGGUCCUGGGGAGGUACCCUUCAUAGAAGCAGCAGCGUUAUUAAUACAGGUUAUUUUGUUGAAUCAUCAUUCACCUUUCUCGAUUUAGCAGGCUUGGAGUACCACUUCAGACCUCUGGGUGGUGCUAGAAAACCCGAUCCAGACAGGAGAUCUGUUUCAACAAUGAACCUUUCGAAACAUGUUGAUCCAGUCAUUAACAAGCGGCUCUCCUCCUCAUCUGCAACAUUACUAAAUUCUCCAGACAGAGCUCGACGCCUGCAGCUAAGUCCCUGGGAGAGCAACGUUGUUAGCAGACUUCUGACACCAACACAUUCCUUCUUGGCCAGGAGUAAAAGUGCAGCAACCUUGUCCGGAGAUGCAGUUAUCCCCAUUUGUCCCCGUUCAGCAUCUUGCAGCCCCAUCAGUCCUCUCUCCUUCAAGGCCCUCAGCUGUCGAAAUCCAGCAGACAGAGCGAAACUCUUUGGCACAGCACCUGACGUGAGGCGUAGGAGGACUACUCAUUCAGCAGGGGCUAAUAGAAAAGAAAAGGAAAAGGGUCUUUCCUCAUCAAAUCCUCCCUCCGGUAAAAAAAGAGCUCAUUCACCUUCAGCCUUCAGGAGUAAAUCCUCUGCGUGGCAUGCUUCCAGGUCUUUACCUUUCCUGCCUGGGACACCCAGAAAGACAACUUCGUCACAGAUCUCUUCCAGAAUCUCUUCCACUCAGCCACGGCCACCUUCCCCUGGCAACAUUCGACCUGUCAAAAAGGAGCACAAGCUGGAAAUUGAGAAACAAGAAGUACGACAGGAAUCUGAGACGUCCUCUGAGGAAAAGACAUACAAAGAAAAGGAAAUCUCAGAUACAGAAAGGGUUGCAAAUGAAGGAGGACUUCCUUGUAAGCCAGAGACCACACAGACUGCUGCCCCAGCUGUGCCCCCUGCUCCUCUGGUAUCUUUGCCAUCUCCUGCCAGCACCAAGCCUUCUGCUGGAACAACGGAUCCAGAGGAAGCAACCCGGCUGCUUAGUGAAAAACGGCGACUGGCUCGAGAACAACGAGAACGGGAGGAACAAGAAAGGAAAGAGAGGGAAGAGGCUGAAAGGCAAAAGAAAGAGGAAUUGGCUCAGAGGAUAGCUGAAGAAAGAGCCCGCAGAGAGGAAGAAGCACAGAAGCAGGAAGCUGAGAGGAAGCAAAGAGAAGCAGAACAAGAGCGGGCAAAAGAAGAGCAGCUGCGCCGUCUGGCAGAAGAAAAAGAGCAAAAAGAAAGAGAGGAAGUUCAGCAUCUUCAGAAGCAGAGAGAAGAGGAAGCUCGGUUAAAAGAAGAACAGAUCCGGUUAGAACGUGAAAGGCAUUUCCAAAGAGAAGAGCAGGAGCGCUUAGAAAGGAAAAAGCGUCUAGAAGAAAUUAUGAAAAGAACAAGGCGAACAGAAGCGGCAGAGAAAAAAUCAAAUGAGCAGCAAAAUGGGGAGAUAACAAAGGAAACAGUGAGCAGCCCUAUGUCUCCAUUAAGCCCCAUGAUGGGCUCUCAGGUUCAGUGUGUGCCAGAAUCUCCACGGAAUGGGGAAAUGGUAACCCAUACACAUGUGCUCCUUUCUCAUCAGCCCACAGUAAACCUAGCCAGUAACCUUAACCCAGGAAAACAUUCAAAUGAAAAUGGAGUGACUAUGCAGGAUGAGAACUUUGAAGAGCUCAUCAGCUUACCAGUGGGCACAAAGACAUCCAGAUUGGAUGCCAUGAACAAGGACGAGAAAGAGAGCUCUGACAUUCCUUUAGCUCCCAUUUUAGCCUUUGAAGAGAAGGGGACACUUGGGUCACUGCCACAGGUUGAUAAUGUUCAAACUCAUCAAACAGCAGAGGUUGUCUGAUUUCUGCUUAUGAAUUACCAAAGGCAAAGUAAGGUCUGCAGCCAAUGGAGAUCCUUCCACGCAAUGAAGGAGUGUUACUCUUUUUGCACUCUUGAAUUUUCUAAAGAUUUCAUGGACACACAAUUU